AUUCAUAUAUAUAAACUAGAGAUAGAACCGUGUCAAGGAAAAAUUCAACUAUCCACAAGCGAUAAGUCUAACCAUCUGCUGAGUCAUAAAUGACUUUAUAAUUUCUCAUUAUACCAAAGAAUCUCUUGAAUAUCCAUAUUCUUCAUGUUUUAUUCUUCACCAAUUAUGAUCCUCCACGUCAAUUACAACUAACCAAAAGUCUUAUUUUAUCUCUUAACCACCAUCUUGUCCUUGUAGGAUAAGGAAAGUCGAUCCAGUGCACAAAGUAUUUCCGCGUUAGUAUGAUUUAGAAAAGGAUGAUAUUAUUAAUAGAUCCGUGAUAGUAUGGUUUAGGAAAAUAUAGCACAAAGACAAUUUUAUCGAUAAAAAUUGGGAUUGUCACAAUUCUCCAUUAUAUAUACCUCCCAUUCCUUUCAUUUUCCAAACCAAUUUCUAUUCUAGUUUUCUUUCAAGCAUUUUAUCAAACAGUUUCUCUACACCUUUAAAGAUUCAUAACUAUGAUCAGCAAUUUUGAAUCUGAUGUUAAAUAUCUACAGAACCCAUCUUUGAUUUCUCAAUUCUUUUCUCUUCCGAAUAUCGAAAAUGUUCCUGAAGUUUACAGUUUCUGGAAAUGGGGUGCUCUGUUUUUCGCCAUAUUUGUUACAUUUAGUACUUUAUUUGGAAGAAUUAAGUUUACAUUCAUUUACUUACGUAGAAUUGAGCCUUCUGAUGAGCCUAUUCUUCAGUAUCUUAGCGAAGACUUCGACUUUUCUGAUGAUGACGACGACGAUGAAUGCUCGUCCGUGUCUUCGAAUGAUGAAGAGGUAUUUACACCCAGAGGUGAUCGAGAUUUUUCUGUGGCGGGUGGGAAAAAGAGUAUUUUAAGACUUAUAAGGCGACGGAGCAGCUAUGGACUGUUUCCGUUAACUGAAUUUGUUGCCGGAAAAAAUGUUGUAAAGCUCUGGGAUUUGAAUAUUGAAGAAAAGAUGAGUGAAUUUCGGACGUUGCCAUCGCCGUCGCCGGUGAUGGUGUUUUGGUCCGAAUUGAGAGAUGAGAAAAACGGCGUUGUUUUAGCUGGUUACGACGCGAGAAUGAGGCGUCAGUCGCCGGCGAUAUUUGCCGAUUGGGGUACAGGAAAAGUGGUGGGUAUCGGCGGUGUUGAGAAAGUGUACGUUAGAGAUGAAGUCGCCGGAGUUGUAAAGCUCGGUGAUAUGAGGAAAGCGAAAACGCCGGUGGAAAUGGUGACGGAGGUCGACGGUGGCAUGUGGUGGAACGCCGGCGCCGUUAUCGUUGACGAUGACUUCGUUAGACAUAAAUUUAUUUACUAAAGGGAAUUGAUGCUAAUUUAUUUGGCUAUUAAUUUAACGAUGAAAUUUGUAAUUAA